AUGGCGCAGCAGCUCCCACCAAUCUGGGCAUGCAUCUUCGAUGUAGACGGCACGCUGAUCAACUCGGAAGAUAUCUACACCGAUAUCUACAAUAACAUUCUCCACGAGUAUGGCAGGCCCGACUAUCCUUGGAGUAUCAAGGCUACACAGCAGAGCAGAGGCUUGCAAGGCACCAACCGUCUCUUAGCAUGGGCACAAGUACCCCUUACACGCGAGGAAUGGGCUGAAAAAGAAAGCAAAUAUAAGCAUCUUUUCAAAAAUAGCAAAGCCCUGCCAGGCGUAGAUCAACUUCUCACUACACUGAAAACGAAGACGUCACCGCCUAUGUCGCUUCUACUCGCCAGCUCCGCAGGGCGCACCAAAUUCGUGCUCAAGACAUCGAAUCUACCAAAUAUCACAACUGCCUUUGACGAUCCCGCAUUCCAUGUCUUCGGCGACGAUGCAGAAAUGUCGGAUAGCAAGAAGAAGCCCGAGCCCGAUAUAUUUCUGCUAGCGCUGAAACGGCUGAAUGCUACGAGAAAGGCACGUGGAGAGCAAGCACUCGAACCGCAAGAGUGCCUUGUAUUCGAAGAUUCGAUUGCGGGUGUUGAGGCGGCGAGGCGUGCGGGCAUGCGUGUUGUGUGGGUGCCGCAUCCGGGACUGGUGGAAGUGUGCAGGGGACGGGAGAUGGAUGUACUCAUGGGGAGGACAGAGGAAGAUGGAAAUGUACCUGAUUAUGGGAGGAGGAUUGAGGGCGGUGAGAAGGGCCCUGUUGUGGGUCCUGAUGGCCGUAUGAUGUCGGAGGAUGGAGUGGCGGAAAUGAGAUGGAGUCUAGAGGACUUUCCGUUUCAGGUGUAUGGUAUUCAUGUGGAAGAGCAAAUGAAAAUAUAGGGAGAGAGCGGUUGUAAGUAGAUUACAGUCUAUAAGACUAUUACUGGUUCUCAUAUGGC